AUGACUGACAGUUCCAGCGACCCGUCCACCUCAGACGUGGCCAACAGAUUCGCUCGCAAAGGAGCUCUAAGGCAAAAGAACGUGCAUGUGGUAAAAGACCACAAAUUCACUGCACGGUUCUUCAAGCAGCCGACUUUCUGCAGCCACUGCACUGACUUCAUCUGGGGAUUCGGCAAACAAGGAUUCCAGUGCCAAGGUAAACACAGAUUCUAG